CACAAGAAAACUGAUCAAUUGGGGUAGGAUUGGAUAACUUUUCUGGAAUACAUUGCCUAUGGAAUAGAACUUAAAGGAAGCGAUGCCAAUGCCUCGUCAGAGGAAUAUCUUCUGGGUCUGGCCUUGUCUUCCUUCAAAUAUUGCUUUAUACAUUGAAGGGAACCUAUAACUGCCAUGGCCACCUUCUUAGAGAGAGCAUUCAAGUCUAUCAUAUCAGCCGUUGCUUACUGUUUCUUUCACCUUCAAGACGACCACGCAGGCAUCACAAAUAUCAACUACAACAUGCCUAAGGGGCGACCACUUUCUUUGCAGACUGUGGAGCUCAAAGUCCGGAUGUGUUGCAGUGGCUGUGAAAGAGUUGUAAAAAAUGCAAUUCACAAGCUUAGAGGUAAUAAGGGAGUUGAUUCAGUGGAGGUUGACCUAGACAUGGAAAAGGUUACAGUGGUGGGGUACGUUGACCGAAAUAAGGUGCUAAAAGCAGUGAGGAGGGCAGGAAAGAGAGCAGAAUUCUGGCCCUACCCGAAUCCGCCAUUGUACUUCACAUCUGCGAAUCACUAUUUCAAAGACACCACCAACGAAUUCAAAGAAAGCUACAAUUACUACAGGCAUGGCUAUAAUGUUGGGGAAAGGUAUGGCAACAUUCCGGUUACUCACCGUGGAGACGACAAGGUCAGCAACAUGUUCAAUGACGACAACGUUAAUGCCUGCUGUCUUAUGUAAUUAUAUAUACACACAUACAUACUUACAUCUCUACCUUAUGUGUGUGUGUGUAUAUAUAUAUAUAUAUAUAU